UUAUUUUUAACCAGAAACCCAUCCUACAGUACGUGUUAAUCAAAGCGAAACCAGACAAGACGGAAAAUCCAACAAAUUUGCUGGUAUAAAGGGUGAUCAUUGGGUUUCGUAGCCAAACACUGACCCAUCUGGGACGACUGACGCUGACUGAUCACGACGCAAUACUAUAGCUAAUUGUACAACCACCCAAUAUAGUAACGGAAGUCUAUUUUGACGCAGAUUAUAGCUGAUUAAAACAGUCGAUAUCUGUUACACAAAAUCAUGGCUUCGGUUGAAUCGAUGGAAGAGCCACAAACGUUUUCCUCUGAAGAUAAUUCUAGAGCGGAUAUCAUCGUGAAAGAGGAGCCAGAGGACCGCGUACUAAGAGAAAUACGCAAAUACAAAAUCCCUAAGCUUAAUGGUGUCCAAAGAGAACGCUUGUUCACGGUGCUAGCGAACCUUGUUGGCAAUAGUACUGAAAGUCCUUCAACGCAGCAGGAAACGCUUGGACGGAUACUGGAUAUUCUGAACAACCUGCCGUCACGCAAGUCCUGGUUUCGAGAUCUCGUUCAGGCUUUACGACAGGCGGGUGACACAUUUUUUAAGCAAUUAGCUGUUGAUUUGGAAAAUGAGUUUCAGGAAAGUCGGCGAGAUAUGGACGAGGGGGAAUGGGAGAGCUCUGGGAGCGAGGAUAUUGAUGGAGACGAAAACAUUGGGUUGAAAAUCCCCCCUUGCUCAGAAUCGUUUUACAGAGAACACAGUACGGAUUUUGAGAAGAAUUACAAGAACACAUCGUCACCAAGGGGCAGAGUAUUAGUCAUAAACAACAAAAAGUUUGACGGGAAAAGAGAUCGACGUGGAACAGAGCACGACGUCGCCAUGUUGGAGAAAUUAUUUACGGGACUUCACUAUCAGGUCGUAGUCAAACACGAUUUAAAAGCACAGGAGAUCAAAGAUGCUUUACGAGAAGAAAGUCAAAAUCCUGUGCACGAAUCCCUUGACUCCUUCGUGUUUGUAAUUCUCAGUCACGGAGAUAAAGGGAUUGUAUACGGAACGGAUUUAAAAUUUGUGAAAUACCAGGAGAUUUUCAGCUUCUUUAAUAACAAAUCGUGUCCCGGAUUAAGAGGGAAGCCAAAGUUGUUCUUUAUCCAGGCGUGCCAAGGAAAGAAGAGGGACGAAGGUGCUAUCUGCACUGAUGAAGGGGAAAGUGAGGAGGAAGAGGAAACAGAUUCGCCUGGCGCCGAAAAUACGGUGUGCGUGGACGCAGAAGCAUAUGGAAACGACAUCCGUCCGACCAACAGCGACCGACUAGUUGCAAAGGCAACAACAGAAGAAUACGUUUCAUAUCGAGAGGCAAAGAAGGGCACGUGGUUCAUCCAAGCCAUAGUUGAUGUUUUCAGUAAACUUUCGUGUCAGGAGGACGUGGUAUCGAUGUUUACACAGGUUAACAGUCACGUUUCCCGAUUAUCGACGCCCAAAAAUCAGAAGCAGAUGUCGGAAGUCACUCAUACAUUAUGCAAGAAAAUGUAUUUCUUCCCAGGUAACGGGAAAGGCAAAUUGGUGGCUCCACCUAGAGAUCUGUCCUCGAUGCUGGAAGACAUGCGUUGGAAAGAAAGCAAAUUCGGUUCUGUAAACACUCUGAGCAUCCAGCCAGAAGUCCUGAAACCAAGGGCGUACCAGAAGGAACUUGCUCAGCCGGCGAUGGAUGGGCUGAACUGCAUUAUCUACGCUCCACCAAACAGCGGGAAAACCCUCGUGGCUUUAAUGAUUGCCAAAAACCACCUCGAGAAGAGAUGUGCUUCUACGAUGACUGCGGCAACUUCGGGCAGGGGAGAUGAUGAUGUAACUGAAUUUAAAACGGCUGCGACCUCAUUGGGGAAUACUGUGCCCAAAGUUUUAGACGACGACGACGACGUCACUCGAUUGAAAACACCUGUGAACACGUCUAGCGUAACGUCUUGUCAUACUGCGCCUGCUGUUCGUGACAGCAAUAAUGUUGACGAAGUUACUCAACUGAAGGCCGUCGUGGACACACAAAGUUUAAAGUUACCAAAAGUGGCCUUUGUUACCAGACGGUUUGCCCUCCUAAAACAAACCUUCAAACACUUCAAGAAAUACAUGCCGCUAUGGAGCACUGGCAAACGCAGCGGUGCGUCAAACUCGAAUGUGCCACUGAGUGUACUUCUCCGACGCAAAGACAUCAUCAUAGUCGUUGACAACAUCUUGAAAAAUUCACUGGAGUCGAAGGAUGUUAGUAUUAUGGAUUUCUCCCUAAUCAUCUUCGAUGAGUGCCAUCACUGCAAGGCAGACAAUGACCACCCUUACAAUCAAAUCAUGUCAUUUUACGUUGAACAGAAGUUGAAGUUGGGUAAAACAGGGGAGGGAAAGUUACCACAGAUCGUUGGGCUGACCGCCAGUCCUGGAGGGGGAAAACGACCAGUGGCAGAAAGUGUUGCACAUCACAUUCUUAAGCUUUGUGCCAAUCUAGACGCCCGUCGCAUUGUUACGGUGAAGGACAACCUGGAAGAAUUAAACCAAAUGAAACUGGAGCCCAUAGACCAGGUUUGCAUUGAGGUGGAGGAACGAAAGAAUCCAUUCAAUGACCUUUUGGCGUCCAUGAUGGGUGAGAUAGAAAGCAGGAUACAAGUUUCUACGGGCAGUACCAAGGGCACACAGGAAUACAUGUCAUUUGUAGAGGAGAAGAAAAAGGCUUUUCUUGAAGACGACGGUCCUAACACCGGGGAUUGCCUCUUGUGUUUGGAACAUUUGUUAGAAUAUAACAGUGCAAUGGAGUUCUGCAGCUCAAUGCGAAUGGAAGAUGGGCUUAAAUCUCUGGAGGACUUCUAUAAUGAAAUGGAACGCAAGAAAAGGCAAAGUGGUUUUGGAGCCAUGGAGAGAAGACUACUAAAGCUUUUUAAAGACAAUGUACCACAACUAAGCUCUUUUGCGUCAAAUGAAAGGACACCCCCAAAACUAAAGCUUCUGAAAGAACAGGUACUGACCAAACUAAGGAAACAGGAAGAAAAUUUCCUUCCAUUUAGAGCAAUGAUUUUCGUCAAGACUAAAAAGGCAGCCGAGGCGAUGAAACGAUGGAUAAACAAUGCUACAGAUUUGCAUCAGCUCAAUGCCGAUGUGUUUAUGGGAAUAAAAUCAUCGGAGAAGGGCGGGAUGUCACCUGAGACACAGACGGCAAUACUGAAGAAAUUUGAAUCGGGAGAAACAAAAGUAUUGAUUAGUACAAGUGUCGGUGGGGAAGGAAUUCACGAGUCCAACUGCGGCAUGGUUGUUAUCUACGAUCACAUGUUUGAUGACAUAUACAGCAUUCAAUCACGUGGACGUGCACGCACAACGAAAAGUACCAUCGCAGUUAUCGGUGCGGCAAACACAACAGCGAAGCAUGAAGUGAAUGUUUUAUUAGAACAGCUCACAAAAAUGGCCGUUUCUAGCAUACAGCAAAUACCUUCAGAACAGAUGUUGCAGACUGUUGAAAACUUCCAGCGUGAAGAUGCCCACAGAAGAAAACAAAAGCGGGAGAUGAUGGAAGAACAAAAAAAGAUAAACCGCACCGACGACGUAACACUCAUCUGCAAAGGGCUGUGCGGAAGGCGCGUAUGCAACCUCUCUGAUAUUUGUACAAUUGAUUCAUCCUACGUCAAUCCAGAUCCCGACUUCGCUUCUAAUUUCGUCCUUUUCCGAGAUCAUCAUAACAGUCAACAGAGAGCACUCGGUAUUAAGAAGAUUUACUGCAAAGUGUGCGAACAAGACUGGGGAAACACAUUGAAGGGCUACCCUUGUUUAAAGAUUAGCGCAUUUUACACUGAGGAACGCGGGGUGAAGCAAUCAAGGAAAAAGUGGUCCAAAGUUCCUUAUUCCGUCAAGAAAUUAUAUGCCGAUGCGUAGAAGUCUACUAUCCCCAUAGUAAUGGGAGUUUCCCACUCAGCGGUGGGAAGUGUGAAUUAUGUGCCAGACGUUCACAUACGUGAUAAAAAAUAGUCCACAAAAUACCGCACUCUGGAAAUUACUGCUACCUGUAACAAUGGCAAGUUCUUUCUAACAUGCUGUCUUAAAAUGCACGUUUCUCAAUGGUGGACAUAAUAAUUCAACAAUUACAUUUGAUACAAUAUGGCAUUUGGUAAUGUGAUGAUUUUUAGAGGUAGGGGGUGUAAAAAUGACAAGUCACAAUUUCAAUACGAUUACUUACAUUAAAAUUUUAUAAACGUUCUACAUUACAAUCCUUGGUAGUUUGGUUCACACGUUUGGAACACGUUGAAUAAACACUUUUUGGUUUGGGGGUAUACCGGGGUAUUUAUGUACCGGUAUCUACCCGUUUCAACGUGGAGUUAAUGCACGCUAAUACGAAAACGACUUUAGUUUUUUUUCUCAACAUCGAUUACAAUAUCCAGAUUUUUCUCUUUUUCAUAUAAAUUUUUGAAUUGAUAAGAGGUCCUUAGCUUAAAUGUGUUCCCAAGUGCACAAUGUCAGUUAUAUAUAUCUCCAAAUCCAUUUUCAAAUAAGAGAUUCAUGAUACAUUCACUCCAUUCAGGUUGAAUGGGCUUUUCUUUGGAAGCAAUUUGUAUUAUCUAAAAUGCUUGUUAGAGCAAAUUAAGCAAGAGAAAUGCUUUAGGUGAAUUUUUUUAUUAAUCUUUAUAUUGUAUAAGGACGCGGUACCCCCCUUCGGAUAUUGUACGCCCCAUAAGACGCCUCUUUUAGUAUCUCGUUAGGCUAAAUAUUAUUCAAAUGAUAUGAUGAACGUAGAUAUGUGAUAUUUUGGUGUUAUAAAUAACGACGAGAUUUGGAUAUAAAAAGGACUGGUGGUAGGUAGACUAAAAAGUUAAGAUAAAGGCUGUGGGAAUAAAGGUGAUCGCUUCUUCUCGAUCUACAAAUUAUUGAAUCUAGCAAUAUAAGUAUAGUAUAGGAGUUCCUCCAGUUUUCUUACUACGUAGUUUGAUGUUUUUGUAUAAAAACCUUACAGUUGUAAACAAAAGCCGAGUUUUGGGUUUUCCGAUGUAGAUCUUUCUGUUAGAGUUGUAUACUUAUCACCUUUUAACAAACCUAAAAAAUAACGGGUCACGAGAAAAGCCAACACGUUGAUGGAAAAAGUUAAUAACAAUGAUCAAAUAAA